UCCUCGUUAUCCCUACCACCUCCCCCCCCUCUUCUCAUCUCCAUCGGAACGACGAAACCCUAAUUUCUCUCCGUCUCCUCCCUUCCUUCCUUCUCUGCAACCUCGUCCCCCUUCCGCUCCCGCAGCCUCGUCUCCGCCCUCGGCGCAUCAUCUUCUCGAGCCUUCCCGUGCCCGGAAUUGCCUGCGCGUAAUCCCUCCGACCGUCUUUUUCCGGCGGCCGCCGACCUCCGAUUGCCCCCGUCGCGUAUCCAUUUUCGAUUUGCGCGAUUCUAUUCCAAUCUGUGCAGCUAGAACGAGCUCCCGUCGGUUUCGCCUUUUUUUUUUUUUUGGGGUCGUCUCAUUUUUUCUUCUUGACACUCGUUUUCGGUUUCGCGUUUCGUUUCGGUCGUUCGUUCGUUCGUUUCGACGGGGUUAAUCGCCUCUGCAAUUCGUCGAAAAAAAUUCACAAAUACUUGUCUCGCCGCAAUCGUGCCUAAAGAAUUCGAUCGAUAAAGUUCCCGAUCGUCCCCCCCACCUGUAGAGUUCCUAGCCGAUUUUUUUUUUCCCUUCGGAUAGAUCGUCGCGUCUGAAAGCUCUGUGGGAAAAUCGCCUGGGGAUACCUUCGGUUUCGAUAUCUUUGGUCGGUGGGUUUCGAAUCGAUACGCAAAGGUCCUUAUCGUUUUUUUUUUUUUGGGUUUUGGAGAGAUGGUUGGUGGAGGUAGCAGGAGGGACGAGGGAUCCCUGGUGAUCAACAACACCAACGUGUUCGCCGCGCUCGAGACCUUGAGGAAGAAGAAGAAGUCGGAUAAGGAUAAGGGGUCGAAGAGCGGGAAAGGGUCGUCGAAGUCGGCUGCCCAGUCGCAGGCCAAGGAGCCCGAGCCUCAGGUUUUCUGGGCCCCGACGCCGCUGAAGGAGAAGUCUUGGGCGGAUGUCGAUGACGAUGAUGAUGAUGAUUAUUAUGCCACCACUGCACCGCCCCCUGUAGUGUGGGGGAAGACACCCCAGACUGAGGAGCAGCAGGCCACUAAUGUAGAGGAUACAGAGAGUGAGGAUGAUAUUCUUGAUGAAGGGGAUGAUGAUUUGGAGGAAGAGCAUGAGCAUGAACAAGAACAAGAACAAGAAGUUCCAGAACACCCAGAGCCACUGGCAAAAAAGCCUGCUGAAGUUCCUGCUGUUUCCAAAGAGACAGAGAGACAGCUCUCCAAAAAAGAAAGGAAGAAGAAGGAGCUUGCGGAACUUGAAGCACUUUUAGCUGAUUUCGGUGUCGCACCGAAAGAGAACAAUGGCCAAGAUGAGCCACGCGAUGCAUCGCUAGAUAAGAAAGAUGCGGAGCCUGAUGGUGAGGGUGAAAAGAAGGAAAGUGCUCCUGGAGAGUCGAAAAGUGCCAAGAAGAAGAAGAAGAAGGACAAGUCUUCCAAGGAGACAAAAGAGCCCCAGGAUCAGCCCAACAGUACAGAUGUUGUGAACGAACCAGAAGUUGGAGCUGAACAGGUAGGUGAAGAUGGAUCAUCUGUUGACAUAAAAGAGCGGCUAAAGAAGAUGACCUCAAUGAAGAAGAAGAAAUCCUCCAAAGAGAUGGAUGCUGCUGCAAAAGCUGCUGCUCAGGAGGCUGCCGCUAGGAGUGCAAGGCUCGCGGCAGCAAAGAAAAAGGAGAAAAACCAUUACAACCAGCAGCCAGUACGGUAAAGGACCGAGUGUCAUUUGGCAUCUGCGUCUUAAACAUGUACUUUGUGCUGUUCAUAUGGCAAUUGGGAAUAAUCUUUGGGCCUUGUGGCUCCGAUUUCUGAGGUGACCUUUAGUUGUAUUUGCUGUGAACUAGAAGAUUUUUCUUUUUUGAAUCUUGGAUUUGUUGUGGCGCCGUUGCCGUGGCCACAAUCAUUUUGCCAGUUUUGCUUAUAUGAUUUAAAUUCGUCCUUGGAUGAUC